UUGGGUUGUGGGGUGUGGGGGGGUGUGGGGAGAGAAGAGAAGCUGCACGUUCCCCUUCCCUCGCCCCAGCGGAGCCCAAGGCCGGGCUGCCCGGAUUGGCCGCGGAGGGCCGCCAGCUCCGCCCGCUGUAGCCGUGCUCGCCUUGGCUGGGAGGAGGAGGAGCAGUGGCAGCAGCGGCGGGGGGAAGAGAGGCCGAGGAGCCGAGGCUGCGCUCCGCGCGCUGCCUAGUCUGGAGCGGGGGAGCCUGGCAGCGUCAGGAGCGGCGGCGGUUCAGGAGCAGCGGCGGCAGCAGCAGCAGCAGCAGGAGCAGCCCGGAUCCUGCUGGUCUUGAGGAGGAGCCAGCCCUGCGAACCCUCUGCUCCUUGCGCGCGAGGCAGAAGAGGGGGCCACCCCCCCCGCCGGCGCCCCAACCGAUCCAUGACCAUGGGCGACAAGAAGAGCCCGACCAGGCCAAAAAGGCAAGCAAAACCUGCAGCGGAUGAAGGUUUUUGGGAUUGUAGUGUCUGCACCUUUAGGAACAGUGCUGAAGCCUUUAAAUGCAGCAUAUGUGAUGUCAGGAAAGGCACCUCUACAAGGAAACCUAGGAUAAAUUCUCAGCUUGUGGCACAACAAGUUGCUCAGCAAUAUGCUACACCACCACCUCCUAAAAAGGAGAAGAAAGAGAAGGUGGAAAAGCAGGAAGAGAAAAAACCAGAAAAAGAAAAAGAAAAAGAAAUUAGUCAAAGUGUUAUAAAGAAGAGUACCAGCAAGAAGACCAAGCCAAAGUCCGAUAUUGUGAAAGAUCCCCCAAGUGAAGCAAACAGUAUACAGUCUGGGAAUAUGACAACAAAGACCAGUGACUCAAAUCAUACCUCAAGGCCCAGACUGAAAAAUGUGGACAGAAGUACCGCUCAGCAGCUGGCAGUCACAGUGGGAAACGUCACAGUAAUUAUCACAGACUUUAAAGAAAAGACUCGUUCCUCCUCCACAUCUUCAUCGACAGUGACCUCCAGUGCAGGAUCAGAACAGCAGAAUCAGAGCAGCUCAGGCUCAGAGAGCACAGACAAGGGCUCGUCCCGCUCCUCCACGCCAAAGGGCGACCUGUCCGUAGUCAACGAUGAAACCUUCUGAGAAUUGCACAUGGAAUUGUGGGGAACUCAAUGAAAUCAGGGUAUGAAAUUCUAAUAUUCCAUCUGUCCACUAGGCUAUGGUCCUGGGAAAGCUGCCAAUGCCACUUUUUCUCUUCCUCUUCCUGUGCUUCAACGUACUUUAUGGACACCGUCCCCUUAAACUGAUGAUACCAGGAUUGUUUGAGAAGGCUAUGGGGCAUCUGGCCACCGAUGAAUUUCGCACCCUGACAAUUACUUUUUGACACUUACGUAUUCCAUUGUUUUAUAUGAUUUUCCUAACAAUCAUUUAUAAUUGGAUGUGCUCCUGACUCUACUUUUUUAUAAAUCUGCUGUGCACAGUCCCCCCCUCCCCCAUGAACAUUGCAAGCUUUUUUUUGUUUGUUUUUGUUUUGGGUGAGGGGAUGUGAUGCAGGUGGGAAGGGAGGGCUGCAGGAGGAUUUUUAUUUAUUUUAUUCACAAACUACAUCCUCUCAUUCUUCUCCCCCACCCCCACCCCAGCAUAUCUUGUUGAGUUCAGUUCUCCCUAUUCUUCCAGUUAUACUGUGUACUAUCAGUUUUGAUAUAAAUUAUAUAUAAAUAUAUAUAUAAAUAAAUAUAUAUAUAUAUAUAAAUAAAAAAUAUAUAUAGGGUUAUUUGAAACCAAUACAUGGAAACGCUGGUGCUUGGAAACACUGUGAAGUGAAACAAUUUAAGAUCUGGGACGGUGAGUGCCCUUUGGAAAGUGCUGAAACAAAACCGGAACCAGUUUUAGAUUAACAGAGUGUUCCUGGAGGUUCAAAUGGAGGUAGGACCUGGCUUUCUUCUUGUGCUUUGGCUGAAGAGUACUGGACAAAGAUAGAUGUCUAUUUUCUUAUUUUCUGUUCCUUUUUUAAAAAUCCAAACGGUGCUCCAGGUAACUUGCAUUCCCAGUAGGAUGUCUACAAAACAAUAAAAUUCCAGCCUUUUCCUACAGUAGCGUACAAAUUUUAAAAACUGCAGUCUACACUGUUUUCAGAAUACCUAGUAUUAAUGUACAUGAUGGCUGCACAUUAACGUUGCCUAGUUCUUGCAUAACUGAUCUCACUUUAACUGUUUCACAACUUUUUAUCUAGCCAUUGUCCAGAUCUGUAUCGGUUAUGGGGGGUAACAUUGAAUAUCUACGGGGCAGGGGAUAUCUGCUAGCAUUUGUGAUUUAAGGCAGCCAACAGCCUAAUAUUGAGGGUGCCACCCUUGCCCCUGCUAUCAUAACCAGGCCACUAUGCCACACAGCUUAUUCUCGAUGCAAAUAUUUUAUGUCUGACUCUGCUCUUUCAUUUCUAAUUAAUUCAUUGUGUAUCCUGAGAGAUCUCUUUUUAAAAACAACAACAACAGUCGUUGGGUUUAUUGGUGUUUAAACAUGUCUAGAUAAAAUAAACUGCUAUGGGAGCUAAAGUUGAGAAGAACUUGCAAUAUUGGCAAGCUAGGAGCAGAAUGGCCAAAUAGCUUCUUAUUCUUUCUAGAAAGGUUUUUCUGUGUGUAAGCUGCUUUCCAGUUUCAGAUUGUGUUGCCGUUUUUUCCUUGCUCACAUGUUACCCUGCUUAAAACACUAGAAUGAAGUGAUGGAACACUGUUUUAGAAAAUUCAUUGUGUGUGUGCUUUUUUAGGCGACCCGGAGUGCUUUGCUGUAAUUUCAGUAGCCCCUUUUCCAAUUAUCAAAAUGGAUAUCCGGUGGGCCACUUGGCAGAACUUGGUGCUAGAAAAAUUGCUGUGCUAAUUUCUUGCUUGAAAUAUAUAAAUUAUUUCUGUUGUAUAGAGUUGCAUUUUUAUCAGAUUAGUUUUAAGUACCAACAAACACAAGCUCCUCUCAUAUCAAUCUUAAAGUUUAACCUAUGCUUAACUGAAUAAAAGCCGCUCUGCUCAAAAGAGGUAAGAUUAGCAGAGCAGUGCCUUUGCAGCUGCAGUUCAAUUCUGAACAUGGUGGGUUUCUCACUGUUCAUAUAUCGAAUUAUUCUUUUUUGAACUCUUACUCUUAAAAGUAUUUAUUAAAAAGAAAAAAAGAAACAAGAACCAAAGGAAAACCAGAUGAUUCUCGUAAGCUCUGAAAUACAAUAGGUGUAGUUUUUAAUAGUCCACAUCGAUCCACAUUUUUUAGUAUUGGUAUGAUAUUGUAAAGACAUUCCUUUUCCAAGUUUUCCUAUUCCUUUAAAGGAUCUCAGGGAGGUAAAUUGGUCAGCCAUAAUUUAUUUUUGGAGAAAGAAAAAAUAAUAAUUUUUAAAGAGAUGUUUUGAACUUAAGUCCCAGAUGUGUGUAUUUUGCACAGCUUUUUUAAAAAUGAACAAACCAGAAAGAAUUAGGCCUAUAUGCAUUUGGCCCCUUCCCAGCAUAAACCUGAUCUAUGGGCAAUGGGAGUGCAUCUUCAGUGGCUUCCUAGAAUAAGGCCUUUGGAGUAGAAAAAAACUGUGUGUGUUGAAUAAAAUUGCUUAAUAUGGUGAGCACCACCCACCAAGUGCUGCUACUCCAGUCAUUUUAGUGCGGCUUUUUGUGGGCCGUCAUUCAAAUAGUCCAUAGCAGCAGGAGUUGGUGGGUUCUGCCUGGUGGAAUAUGCCCUUUAGGUUAGGUAACAAAAGCUUUAACAGUAACAAACUGCUUAUUGGCUUACCAAUUCAAUUAAAUCCUCUUUGGGUUUUCUUUAGUUUUCUCCCUUUUAAAAAUAAAAUAAAAUAAAAUAAUGUGCCUCUGGCAUAUUAGCCUGUUAGAAUAAAGUAUGCAAAUCUAUCUUUGGCACAAGUGGUGUGACUGAAACUGCAUUUGGCUGAAAUUGUCAGCUUAAGCAUUCAAACUUUUUUGGGGGCCGCAUUUUUAGCUGUUGCGUUGCGAACUCUGCAACAGAUAACAACAACCCCUCCCUUUUCUUUUAAAGAAAAGCAUGUUUAAAAAUGGAAUUUCCUUCACUUUUCUGCAUUUCAGUUAACCAUACAGUAGUUUUGAGAGCAUGUUUUUAAAAUACUAGUGUAGAAGAAAGGCCAGAAACGCUUGGUAGCAAGUGGCACAGAAAGCAGGCGAGGACAAAGCACAGUGUUAACAUUUGCAAGUUUCAAUUUUUACACUUUAUAUAUACACACAGACACACACACACACACACACACACACACACGUACGUGCACACCACACGCACAACAGCUUGCUUGGCUUGCUCAGUUUGAAAUAGUCAUGCAAAGAGAACAAUUAGAAUAAGAAGAAAACCAAUUGGAUAGACAGUUUUAAUUGAAAAUCUUUUGAUUGUUAAAAAAUCAGUUAGAUUUAAAAAUUGGGCAGUAGUUGUAUUCAUUGAGACACUUCCAUCUGCCUUAUCAGUACCAUUUUCAGUCUACUUUUUUAAAAAAACGACAACAACCGUAAACGUAAAUUAUUGAAAAUUUAUUACUUGCUGACUAUAAUAACCUUUGCUUGUAUGUAACCGAAAAAAAAUGGUUUUAAGAGCCAACAUUUAGAAUAUGACAAUGGAGCUGAACAGUUUUUAAUGCGCAAGCAGUUCUGUUCUUGUGUAUGACUUGUAACCUUAAUUUACUGUGUAAAGAUGGUUACAUUAUUUCUUUAGCUUUGUUUGUUUGGAGACAAAUAGAGAAUGCUUGUUUAAGUAUGUCAAUACAUAAUUUUAUCUUGUGGAUUUUUACGUUAAUGUAUUAUACGAGCUAUAUUUUUCAUUUGCCCAGAAAGACAGCUUGUAUAACGCUUUUGAAAGUUUUCUGCUCUGUAAAGUCUUUAGAGCUGACAGUCCUGUUAAGUUUGUUUAAUCUUCAUGCUAAAAGUGUCAAUGGUGGUUUUGUGAACUGGUCAGAAAAAUUCACAGGUCUUAAAUGUUUUCGGAAAAUUUAUAUUGGACACUGCUCUUUGUCUAGCAAAUAAAAGAUGUUAAUAUAUUCCUGUUACCGGCAUGUGCACGACUGUUAUUAGAAGCCACUUUAUCAUUUUCCUGCUUUAAAUAGAAAUGUCUAUUUAUGAAUUCUGCUUGUAGUUUUUUCACAAAUAAAAUAGUAACAUUUAAUUAAACCUGCAUUUCUAUUCUUUGGUGUUGAGGAAAGGACUAGUCAGUUUGCUGGGCUAGCAUUUUUCUAGACCAUGUUUGAUUUUUGGUAUUGCUUAAUUGACUUUGUUUGCUUGCAAAAAAAGUGUAUAUUUAUUGAUAUUUCAAUUAAGCAAAUCUGUGUAGACAGCUGAUCUUGUUAGACUGGAUCGUGUGUCAUGCUUAGUGAAACUAUGUUUUAGUGUGAACACAUAAGCUUGUGAACUACUAGGGCAGGGGUAGGCAACCUAAGGCCCGUGGGCCGGAUGCGGCCCAACCGUCUUCUAAAUCUGGCCCGCGGAUGGUCCAGGAAUCAGCAUGUUUUUACAUGAGUAGAAUGUGUGCUUUUAUUAAAAAUGCAUCUCUGGGUUAUUUACGGGGCAUAGGAAUUCGUUAAUCCCCCCCCCCAAAAAAUAUAGUCCGGCCCACCACAUGGUGUGAGGGACGGUGGACCGGCCCAUGGCUGAAAAAGGUUGCUGACCCCUGUACUAGGGUGUAGAAGGUUUCCUGCACUGUACUGAAUUAAGCCACAGCUGGGCUUAGUUUGCUGGAUGAUGGCUGUUAUGCCAACCAAGGCUCAUGGUUCUGCACUCUCCAGACUUACCACAAGUUGUGAUGGAAGGAUUAUUUAUGAUUUUUGGCCCAUUCUUAGUCUGGAAAGAGCUACACCAUGAGCCCUGGUUCAGUCUUAUUUGCUAAGCCAAGUGCGGCUUAGUAUGAUGCAAUGGCAAAAGGACCCAGGAGAAGAGAAGCAAGAUGGUUGUGCUCUCUGUCCUGUGAGUUCACAUGUUUGUGCUAAGCCUUGGUUUAGCUUAGCCUGAUGUCCAAACCAGGUGACUUUGUUUUUUGUACUUAAUCCUACGAGUGACAGUCUGUCUUCAGAAUCCCAAAGACAGUUAGAUAGCUGAUCAGGUCCAGUGCCAAGGGCCUUCUGGCGGUUCCCUCGCUACAAGAAGCUUAGGUUACAGGGAACAAGGCAGAGGGCCUUCUCGGUAGUGGCACCCGCCCUGUGGAACGCCCUCCCACCAGAUGUCAAGGAGAAAAACAACUACCAGACUUUUAAGAGACAUCUGAAGGCAGCCCUGUUUAGGGAAGCUUUUAAUGUUUAAUAGAUCAUUGUAUUUUAAUGUCUUGUUGGAAGCCGCCCAGAGUGGCUGGGGAAACCCAGCCAGAUGGGCGGAGUAUAAAUAAUAAUUUAUUAUUAUUAUUAUUAUUAUUAUUAUUAUUAGAAACGUUUUAAGGUGGCAUCAUGAUACACUGACAGUUUCGUUCUCUGAAAUACUGCUUUGUGACCAUGUAGUUCAUCAGUUUGUUUGUUUUUAAUUCUUUGUGCUUUUCUGGCUCUUUCAAGUAGUGGAAACGGGUUUAAAGAGCAGCAGUAAAAGGUAGCUUUAAACACUAGUGACUGGAAGAGCAAAGCCACAUAUUGGUUAGGCAAAUUUUUCCUGCCCUUUAGUACCUGUCAAGGGUGGCAAUUCAACCUUUCUGUUGAAAGGGAAUUGCUAUGUCUCCAUUCAGUAAUAGAGUUGUGUUAUCUUUUCAGCAACCAGAGUUUGAGUGUGGGUAUAGAGUACUAAUAUGAUAUAUCUGAAUCUGACAUGCAAUACAACUCUCCAUGUCAUGUGGCAAGUUUAUGAAAGUGACCAGCAGCACAAUCCUAUACAAGUGUAUCAUAGAAUUGUAGAGCUGGAAGGGGUUACAAGGGCCAUCUAGCCCAGCUCCCUUCAGUGCAGCAAUCUUUUGCCCAACGUGGGGCUCAUGCUCUACUGACUGAGCUAUCCCAUUGAGGAACAUGCUCCUAUUUAAGAGGAAUCACCCAUAGUUCGGUCUUUCUAUAUGGGCUAAGGCAGGCAUAGGCAAACUUGGCUCUCCAGAAGUUUUGGGACUACAAUUCCCAUCAUCCCUGACCACUGGUCCUGUUAGCUAGAGAUCAUAGGAGAUGUAGUCCCAAAACAUCUGGAGGGCAGAGUUUGCCUAUGCCUGGGCUAAGGUAACCAGUUACAUGUAAAUUACUGCUGGGUAAAAAUGGUUGUCUGAAUCCAACCUGAACCUGCUUUUUUAUAGAGAAAAGCCACGGAACCAGGGCUGCUCUCCCAGGCUACAUAACCCAGGCAGACUUUAAUCAUUACAACUGGUUAUCAAGUGUGACUUUGAGUCAGGAGCAAGGAGCCAAUGUUAACUAAUUAGUCUUUGCCUCAUUUAUAGGAAAGGACAAUUGUCAAAAAGUUCACAAUCUGUUAUAAAGCUUCAGCUGAUAAUAUCCAUAAAACUACUAACUCAAGAUUCUACAGUGGGUGAGAACCAGCGUACAUAGAAAUUGCUUCAAAGAGCUGUAGAGGCAAUGCUUAAAGGAGCAGUGUAAGCCAUUACAUGCUUUAAUCUCAGUUGGAAGCUUGUCAAAAUUUGUGCCAAGAAUAAGGAGCUAGCUAUUCCUCUAGGGAGCCCAAAGCACAUGUUAGACACAUCCUGGAACACGCCUUACACAGAUGACAGGAAAGAAAGGGAACAAUUUGUAUUAAAUGAGCAAGAUCUUAGUAAUACGUUUUUUCUUGAGAUCAUAGGUUCUCGCAAACUUUUAUUGCACACAUGGUAACUCCCACCUGGCUUUGUUAUACAGUGGUACCUCGGGUUAAGAACUUAAUUCGUUCUGGAGGUCCGUUUUUAACCUGAAACUGUUCAUAACCUGAGGUACCACUUUAGCUAAUGGGGCCUCCUGCUGCCACCACGCGAUUUCUGUUCUCAUUCUGAAGCAAAGUUCUUAACCCGAGGUACUAUUUCUGGGUUAGCAGAGUCUGUAACCUGAAGUGUCUGUAACCUGAAGCGUCUGUAACCCGAGGUACCACUGUAUAUUUUUUAGCUGGGAAGCAAUGGCAGGCAAAGUGACUUCUAGAUGAAAGUUAUUGCUCCCAUUGCAGCAAAUGUGUGUUCAUAUUUGUGUGUCACAUGGACUGCCUAGAAAGGGAUAGGAAACCUAUGGCCCUCCAGAUGUUACAGUUCCCAUCAUCCUUCACAGUUCGCCUUGCUGACUGGGACUGAUUGGAGUUGGAGUCCAGCAGCAUUCGGAGAGCCAGAGGUUCCCCACUCCCAGUCUAGCUUCUUAGUGGAAGAUUGGUUUCUGUAGGAACUGCAGGCUUUGGAAUUGCUCUCCAAACUAAGAGGGUCACAACCCCAGUUAUUCUCUGUGACUUCAUAACUGUGUGUAUAUGCAAUGUUUUGCCUUUCCAACCCUACAGACAUAUUUUUGGGGCAGGGCACUAAAAUAGCCAGUUUUCUAAAAUUAUUGCCCCAUAAAUUCUUCUAAAUGGAACAAUUCUAACUAGUCCUACAAUCCCUUCAAAAAUGGGCAACUACAUUUUGGAUGAACUUGGUGAUUUUGAUUACGGUAUCUGUUGAUAUUUACAGAUCUCCUAUAUGUCCAUUAAAGUUAGGUAUUGAAAAUUGUGUGGAUGGGCUGUGACCCACAGAGUCACCAUAGAUUUCCAGUUUAGCUUCUUGCCGUGAACAACUUGCUCGUCUGUUCAUUCAAAGGAUUAUAAAUGCAGCCCCCAACUGUAUUUUGAAGAAGCAUGCCCAUAGAUUUCCUGAAAAUGAAAACACUCCCAAGAGAUGCUUAACAAAAUGAUCCGGUCAGCAUAGCCAAGGAACAGAAAAUCCUGAUCAUUCUGCAAGUGCCAUGCUUGCUUGGCCUUCAUUUCCUCCUGCAGGCAGGUGAGUCACAAAUAUCUGAAGCGUGUAAUGUGACAGAUUUCACUAAAGUACUAUGAAAUUCCCUGUGUAAUACACAUUUGUGUGCCACACAACCGGUAGCAUUUGGGAAGUAUUAAUUGGCUGCAGCUACCGGAGCUGGCUGGGAUGUUGAGACAGGAAAACUGCAAACUCGUGGAAUCCCAAGUUUACGCCAGACAAAGCUAGAAGGCAAAAAAAGUGGUUAGUUUUUUAUUUGACUUUGAAAAUGCAGUUCAUUCUGAAGAAAAGUUCCUGUUACAGAGCUGAAAAUGCCCAUACCCUUAUUGAAGGGUGGGGUUAAUUUAAAAUGUGUUGCUGUUGUUCCAUGUUCUUCACAUUGCCUACUGAGAGAGAUGGUUGUGCGGUCAACCAUUUUAAUUCCUUUAGAGGAGUGCACUCAAUUGGCUCCAUGUAAACGUGGCUGAAACAACUUCCCUUCUUAAUUUUACAACUGUCCAAUGCUGGGGGUGGGAGAAAUAUCUGUAUUGCACUGCACGUAACAGUGAAGUUUGUAACCUCUGUUCACUGAGCUGGGGUGACGGCGGAAGGAUGUUCACAAACAUUUCAAUGACUCGGAUAAGGAAUGUUUGACAACGGCUCCUUCACAGAAGCUAGAUUGCCAUUUAUCUGAGCCCUAGGGACAGAAGUAGCAUUGUGGGGAGGGGAUGCCAAGGAAGAAAUCUGAGAGAGAGAGAGAACGCUGAUAUAUUGAUGCUAGAAGCCUCAGAACCAAGAUGGGUGAGCAGGAGUACCUGGUUUUAAAGGGAGCAAAACUUCCAGACACCCUUGGGAUUUCAGGAAACAAGUACUUUGUAGAGUCACGAAGAAAAGCAAGAUAAGUAAAUCGCUCCAAAAGUUUGCAAGAGUUACAGGAAUAGGCUUAUGAAGAAAGUAGAAAGGUAGAAGAGGUUUUCAGGACUGAGACUCUGUGCCAGUGGAGCUGCUAUCAAGUUUAAACUGGCUGUGCUGGUGUGCCUUAAAAGUUAUAUAGCAUUCGAUGGGGUUCUGACCAUUGUAGCACCUGCUUUCUCUCCAACACUGGAAUCCAACACUAAAGAAACCAUGAGUAAAGAAGUGGUGUUUAGCUGCGUUUAAGCACCUGUAAGCAAUCCCAGUGUUUUUUUUCUAUAGCUGUUUUUAGCACUUCAUUUCUACUUACCCCACUGUAAGUAUCAUUUUGCCUUACUUGUUUUCAUGGGCAAGUUGAAUAACUUAAGGCGAAUGGUGUUCUGCUGUUUUUCCGUACGUUUUUCCAUUUUCUGCUGGCAUUGUUUCCUGUAAAGAGGUGCGUAGCCUCUGUCGCUGUUUUAUUCCUAAACACCAAGGGAAGGACAUAAGGAGAGCCUGCUGGAUCAGGCCAGUGACCCACCUAGUCCUGCACUCUGAGCUCAUAAGGCACUGUGGAAGUCAAGACAGCAGAACUCUGCUGAAAGGGCGCAGACAACUGAGGGUCUUUACAAACUCUGUUCAGGGGGCCAUGCCAAACGUCUGUUCAUUUCAGGGAUGUUUUGCGCAAAACAUAACCCCACAGGACUGUGCUUGGAUGUUGUAAUCCAAGAACUGGUCAUCUGACUUGUAGAACUUGAAAGAGGAGUCACUGUCAAGAUGGCAACAUGCCCCUCCCCCCAAAAAAACCCAUUUGGAUUUCAGAAUAAUUGGGAGCAGAUAAGAUUUCAUCCCACCCUUGGCUGAAUGAGAGAAUGUGGGAGAGUUGGAGGUGGUUGGCCCCCAUGAUAGGAAAGGGAAGCUGUGAAAAGGCCAUGGUCUCAUGUUCUGCGUUGUUGGGGAGUUACAUUGUUCCUUAUUUCACAAUUAUGUACCUGAACUGUAAAACAAGAUUUAAAAAAAGCAGUUUCCUGGCAAGUGCAAUUCUUUAAAUCCGGGGCCAGCAAAUCUUCUUAGCAGCGGGGCGGUCCACUGUCCCUCAGAUCUUGUGGCGGGCUGGAGAAGUGACACGGGGGGAGGGGGCAAGUAGUCCUCUCCAGCCCCAGCCACUGCGUUUACCUUCCCAGGGGCUGCCACCACCGCCGCUGCCGCUGCUGCUGCUGCUUGUGCGUAGGCAGAACAAGCUUGUCCGCUCCGCUCUCUGGCCCACAGGAGCACCAGGGAUGGGGACAGGAGGAAGAGGCUGAGUGGCAACUGCUCUGCCGGCGACGGGAGGAAGAGGCCAAGCGGUGGCAGCUCUGCCAAUCAAACGCUGCAUCUGCUUUACCUCAACACAGUGUGGGGACGUCUCUGCCAAUCAGACACCGCUGAGGUAAACCAGGUGUGGCAUUUGAGUGGCAGAGCCGCCGUCGCUCAGCCUCUUCCUCCCGUUGCCAUCGCCGGAAGUCUCAGCUUCGCGGCGGAUUCCGGCUUCGCGGUGUGGCCAGAUUUAGGACCCAGGUGGGCCUGAUCCGGCCCCGGGGGCAGUAGUUUGCCGACCCCUGCUUUAAAUGGUGGUAAGAGAUUGCCAGAACUGCUUCUCUAGAUGGGGUUGGUUAUGCUCAAUCUGGAGGCAUGAAGCUGACAUUUUGUGAGCUGCAGCUCUGAAGGAAGCUUGUGAGACCUGGUUUCUUUUUCACCUGGCCGUUACCUGCAGCCAUAGCAUUGGUGUGCUCAUCGUUCCAGUUCAGCAUGCUCUGCCAAUGGACUCUUCUGAUGUCACCCAGUUGGCAUCAAUGCUAGUUUAGUGUGGUCUCCUCACACGCCACUCAUGUAAUGUGUGAAGCCUAAUGCUAGUACAGGAAAGGCUUCUUACUUGGCUACUCACACAAGCAUAAUCCCAGGUCCCACUGAGUGAAUAAUUUGUGGGUUGGUUGGAUCCAGAACUUCCUUCAGAAGAGAGAACUUAGGCACUUGUUUGCAUGAAAAGGUUACACUUCUUCAUUUGUAACUGAACUGUAAAACAAGAUUUUAAAAAAGCAGUUUCCUGGCAAGUGCAAUUCUUUAAAUCCGGGGUCGGCAGAAGUACUG